ACGCUGCUUUCCUCUCUUCUUUUCUUGUCCCCACAACCCUCCCAAGUCUGGAAACUCCAGAGAAAAGGCGAAGCGAAGUUAGAGGCACGAAAAUUCACCUGAAGUCACCAGUCACCAACACGGUCAAUGCCGCCUUCACCACCAUCAGUUCAUCGUCUUUCUCGCCAACAAGAAAUCUCCGUCAUGGUCUCUGCCCUCACAAACGUCAUCACUGGUUCUACCCCAUCCUCCUCCUCCACCUCUUUCGAUUUAGGUGCCCUCGGGGCUUCUAGUUCCACUGUUACUGCUGGGGUCAACGCUGAUUGCGGGAACAUGGUAUUUCAAGCGAGUGAGGUUAUGGGUAAGUGCCACCUGUGCAAAAUUGACGGCUGCCAGUCGUGCAAUCUUUUCCCGCCAAGUCAGCAAGAAGAAAAGAAGCGAGCAACUACUACUAAAACUAAACGAGUAAAGAAAAAUUACAGGGGUGUUAGGCAAAGGCCAUGGGGAAAAUGGGCAGCGGAGAUUCGAGAUCCAAAGCGCUCCACAAGGGUCUGGCUUGGAACCUUCAACACGGGGGAGGAAGCAGCUCGCGCUUACGAUAAAGCAGCUAUCGAAUUCCGUGGACCAAGAGCUAAGCUUAACUUCCCAUUUCCUGAUAGCAACGGCGAUGGCAAUUUAACAACAUCACCAGCACUAGCAACAGGAACGGCUACAGCAACAGCGACAACACCACCAGCACUAGCAACAGGAACGGCUACAGCGACAGUGACAGCUGCAGUUGUGCCUGAUCAAGAUAAUAGUAGGUCGUUAAAUGUGCAACAAGAAAGUGAGAGAAAUGUGAGCAUGGAAAUGGACAUGGAAAUGGGAUUUGGGACUGAUUUUUGGGAUGGAAUUGGCGAAGAUGAGUUUGAACAAUGGAUGAUGACUAUGACAAACAUGGGUGGGGACAAUAAUUCUUCGGAUUCUGCUACGACUACAGGAAAUGUUAAUAGUUCUUGAAUCUUGAUCAGUUUUCUCCAGGCAACUGUUAUGAAUCUGUAGCAAGCUGGCAAC